CGCGCCCCCCGCCCCCGCCGAGCCGGCCCCGCCCUCCGUUUCCUCCCUGGUCCCUGGCACCGCGGCCGCUCGAGGGCAGAGGAGCCGGAGCUGACGAGGUGGCGGCAGCAGCGACGAUGGCAGGGAAGGAGUUGGAGCGGUGCCAGCGGCAGGCGGAUGAGGUGACGGAAAUCAUGCUCAACAACUUCGACAAGGUCCUGGAGCGCGAUGGGAAGCUGGCGGAGCUGGAGCAGCGUUCAGACCAACUCCUGGACAUGAGCUCUGCCUUCAGCAAGACAACCAAGACCCUGGCCCAGAAGAAGCGCUGGGAGAAUCUCCGGUGCCGGAUCUACUUGGGGCUGGCCGUGGGCGGUGGCCUGCUCAUACUCCUGAUUGUGCUGUUGGCCGUCUUUCUCCCACAGAGUAGCAAGGACAGCAGUGCUCCACCCGCCCAGAACGCAGGCUCUGCCUCAGGGACUGGGGACUGACCCAGCUGGGCCUGGAAAUGAGGCCGAAUAGUUGCACUGGCCACUUCUGGUCUUCAGCAGACCAUGGUGUUUGUGCCCAUCUGAUCCACCCCAGUGAGCGCAGAAGGCAGUCCCUGACGUGUACACCUUUGUUGUCGCCUCUCGCAUCACAGACUGGCUCUUGAGGGCAACCUGCUGCCCUAGCCAUGCCAGGCCAGCUCCACCUGGAACUUAGUAAAAGCUGCUAUUUGGUUAAAA